AUGGGUGACGCUCUCAUCACGGGGUCCGAGUCCCAGCUCUUCCAGCCCCUCAAGAUCGCCAAUGGCAAGAUCGAGCUCAAGCACCGAGUCGUGCAUGCACCGCUGACCCGGAACCGCGGAACACCUGUCAACGUCAACUCCACCCUCGAGAACCCGAACCGCGUCUGGCUUCCUAAUGAUGUCGUGGCUGAGUACUACUCUCAACGCGCGACGGAUGGUGGCCUGAUUAUCUCUGAGGGCCUCCCCCCCUCACUCGAGUAUUUCAAGGGCAAUGGCAUGCCUGGCGUCCCCGGCAUCUUCACUCGAGAACAAGCCGAGGGCUGGAGAAAGGUCGUCGAGGGGGUCCAUGCCAAAGGAGCCUUCAUUUACGCUCAGCUCUGGCACUCGGGCCGUGCCAACAUCCCGCACCACACGGGAACACCCAUCGUGGCUCCGUCGGCAGUGCCAUGGGAUGAUCCCAAUGAAACCUUUGCCUACCCUCCACCCCACACGUCAACUCCCGUCAAAAUAGCCGACCACCCGCCCAUUGAGUUGACGCACGAGCACAUCCAGAGAACUAUUGAGGACUACCGCAAUGCCGCAAAGAGGGCAAUUGAGGUCGGCUUUGAUGGCAUUGAACUUCACGCCGGCAACGGUUAUCUCCCUGAGCAGUUCCUCAGCUCCAACUCGAACAAACGGACCGACGCGUACGGCGGCUCGCCCGAGAAGCGAUGCACCUUUGUGUUUGAGCUCAUGGAGAAACUCGCCCAGGAUGUUGGCCAGGAGAACCUCGCUAUCCGCCUGUCGCCCUUUGGCCUCUUCAACCAGGCGCGCAGCGAGCAGCGUGUCGAGACGUGGAACCACCUCUCCCAGGGCCUCAAGGAGCGUCUUCCCAACCUUUCCUACGUCAGCUUCAUCGAGCCCCGCUACGAGCAGAUCUUCUCCGAGGAAGAGAAGCAGAAAUUUCUCAACUCGUGGAACCUGCCCAACGUCGACCUCUCGGGCUUUCGCAAGAUCUUUGGCAACACGCCCUUCCUCUCGGCAGGUGGAUUUGACGACCAGAACUCCUGGGGCGUCAUCGAGAGCGGGAAGUACGACGCCAUCGCCUAUGGUCGGUACUUCAUCAGUAACCCGGACCUUCCUGAGAGGCUGCGCAAGGGCCUACCGCUGGCCGACUACGAUCGCAGCCGAUUUUACGGACCGUUCGAGGACCCCACCAUCAAGUACACCGACUACCCAGUUUAUAGCAACUGA